CCGGUUUUUGUCGCCUCCCAUUCUCACGGGGUGAUAACCGUCUGCACACUCUGUUCUUCAGCAUACUAAAAUCAAGGCCAUCGUCACCAAUUGCCGUGGUUGCGCCCCUGCCUUUUCAUUCCUGGAUUCCAAGUCCUUGGACAACUGCCCGUCGUUUCUUUGAUGUUGCCUUAAGUCCGCCAAUCUGCUGCACCCACGAGCCUUUACCAGGUCUUCCCGGCCCUUCUCCUUUCGAGACUCCUUGACCCGUAUCUCAAUCCCUCUGCCCCCCAUGGCCGACGUUGAGAAAAAGGUUCGCUUGUCGGGUGAACAGCCCAGAGCUGCAGAACCAGCGACCAUUCUUCCUACCGUCAAUCCAGCCGCCGAGAAAUCUGCUCCUCCUCCGCCGUCUCUCCAUCCUGCGGUUUACGUGGUGUAGGUCAUUGUUUAUUCAAGCCUCAGUCAGGGCUAACAAGAGCUUGACAGGACAUGGAUUGGUUUCAGCGGUGGCGUUAUUCUGUUCAACAAGUGGUUGCUCGACACUCUAGGAUUCAAAUUCCCCAUCACUUUGACAGCAUGGUAUGAUGGACUGGGAGGUUUCCUGAUGUGAGAAGCUCACUGUAUUGUAGGCACAUGAUAUUCGCGACGAUCAUGACCCAAAUCCUGGCUCGAACCACCACACUCCUCGACGGACGCAAGACUGUUAAGAUGACUGGUCGUGUCUACCUCCGAGCCAUUCUUCCCAUCGGUUUCUUCUUCAGCUUGAGUUUGAUAUGCGGAAAUAAAGCCUACCUCUACCUCAGUGUUGCUUUCAUUCAGAUGUUGAAGGCUUGUAUGCCGGUGGCAGUACUCCUGACCUCCUGGACCAUGGGCGUGGAUUCUCCAAGUCUGAAAACAUUGGGAAAUGUGUCAUUUAUUGUCAUUGGAGUUGUCAUCGCCUCAUACGGUGAAAUUGAGUUCAACCUGACUGGGUUUAUCUACCAAGCUGGUGGUAUCACAUUCGAAGCCACCCGCUUGGUUCUGGUUCAACGGUUGCUCAGUUCCGCUGAAUACAAGAUGGACCCUCUUGUGUCUCUCUACUACUUUGCACCUGUUUGCGCGGUCAUGAACGGCGUCACUGCACUGUUCCUUGAGAUUCCACAAAUGAGCAUGAACAAUAUCUACGAUGUUGGCAUUUUCAUGCUCGUCGCAAACGCCAUGGUUGCCUUCCUCCUCAACGUCUCCGUUGUGUUCUUGAUCGGAAAAACUUCUUCUCUGGUUUUGACCCUUUGCGGCAUCCUCAAGGAUAUUCUUCUAGUCGCCUGCUCCAUGUUGAUCUGGGGCACUCCAGUUACCGGUACACAAUUCUUCGGAUAUGCCAUCGCUCUCGGAGGUCUACUGUACUACAAACUUGGCGCUGAGCAACUUAAAGGCUACAUCAGUCACAUGGGUCGCUCAUGGUCUGAAUUCGGCGUCCAACGACCAGCUAUGCGCAAAGCUCUCGUAUUUGGGCUGAUUUUGAUUACACUCUUUAUUCUCCUCGGCGGACUUGCUCCUACCUAUGCCCCAGAUCAGACCAAGAACCUGAAGGACAUGCUGAGCACAGGGAUGGGGUCUUGAGGGAAUAGUGCCAGGCUGUUGAAUGAGUGAUUAAUUUUCUGCUCGUCGAGCACAGGUUUUUUUUUCAUACCUCCAAACAUAUGACGAUAGAGAUCUGGCAGUGCUUUUGAGCUCUGCUGCAAGGUCACCCACUUUCCACGACUUGUACAGUAUGAAAUGUGGUGGGCAUUUGGCGUCUGGAUACGCGACAUUAGAUGGGACGAGAUGCCGGCGUUGAUCGGGAAAAAAGGUUGAGCGCGCAUGUCCUGUACAGCACAGCGCAAAAGAACGUGGGAGAGCAUUUUAGAGGAUCCAGGGUCAGUUGUUUAAUUGCUUACCGUUAUCGAAUACGAAGUAGCUACCUACCUAGGUACCCAACCUAAUCAUGACAAGAAGAUGCAAAAAUGAC